AUGUCAGUCCACGUCCAGUCCAGUCCAUUAAAAUGGAGCCCUGAUGUUGUGGCCAUCAAACUCAGUCUGCAUCUGAACGAUCAAAGUGGACACAGGAACCAGCUGAAGGCCUCACGUGUGUGCAAACGCACUGCAGCCUUGGAUCCAUCGUGGAACCACAAUCCGCCCGGGCGCCCCGCCUUCGGGCCGGAGACGCUCCAAACCGGCAACUACUCCCUGGUGUUACUAAUUCAGCUCAGCCUGCUCUCCUUCGAUCUGUUUGUCAACUCCUUCAGUGAGCUGCUGAGGGAUGAGCCAGCCGUCCAGCUGGUACUUUUCAUCAUCCAGGAUAUUUCCAUCCUGUUCAACCUGAUCAUCAUUCUGUUGAUGCUGUUUAACACCAUCGUGUUCCAGGUUGGCCUGGUCGCCAUAUUGUUGGAGCGAUUUAGAGCUCUGCUAAUGCUCUCUGCUCUCUAUCUGACCUUCAGUAUCAUACUCCACUCCUGGCUUAUGAAUCUGCGCUGGCUGAAUACCAAAAGAUAUAUUUGGACAGAUGGCCUUCAGGUGCUGUUUGUGUUCCAAAGAACUGCUUCUGUGUUGUACUACUACCUCUACAAGAGGACCUCAGAGUAUCUGGGUGACCCUCGGCUCUAUGAGGAUUCACCAUGGCUGCGAGAGGUCUUUGCUCAAGUCAGACAGUGA